UUGGACGUGGACGUUUGCCGUGGCAAUUGUGCUAACAGAAAAUUUGUUUUGAUUGGUGAACAUUUUUAGAAUCUAAAAUUGCCGAUGGAGUUUCUGAAAAGCGGAUUUAAGACUGUACUGGGCACUGCCGAGCCUGGGCAGCACCCCAGUGCAGCAGAAACUGUUGAAAAAUUGGUUGAUCGUGUAAUUUCUUCGACGUUAUUAGAUGAUCGACGAGAUGCCUGCCGCGCAUUAAAGGCGCUUUCCAGGAAAUAUAGAAUUGAGGUCGGAGCUCAAGGAAUGCCAGCAUUGGUUCAGAUUCUUAAACACGAUUGUCAAGAUUCAGAAAUUAUUAGUUACGCUUUAGAUGCCUUGUGUAAUAUAACAGCAUCUGAAGAGUUCGAUGAAGAAGCUGACAAUCCAGCUGUUUCGGUCAACGUCGGGGAACAGUUUACUGAAAUGUUCAUAAAAGCACCUGAUCAUGUCACCUUAGUUAUGGGUUAUUUAGAAGAAUAUGAUUUCCGGGUUCGUCGUGCCGCAAUUCAACUUAUUACUACUCUAAUUGCCAACAAAACCCGGGACUUGCAAGAAAUAAUUCUGGUAAGCCCAAUGGGUGUGUCCAAGUUAAUGGACUUGCUAACAGAUAGCCGUGAGGUUAUUCGAAACGAUGCCCUGCUGUUACUUAUUCAGUUAACCAAAGGUAACUCAAAUAUUCAAAAAAUUGUUGCUUUUGAGAACGCAUUUGACAAAAUUUUUGAAAUUAUUCAAAGUGAGGGGUGCUCCGAUGGCGGCAUUGUUGUUGAAGACUGCUUAAUACUAUUAUUAAAUUUGCUAAAAAACAAUUCAAGUAAUCAACAGUUUUUCAAAGAAGGCUCUUUUAUUCAGCGGCUUUCUCCAAUGUUUAUCAUAGCUCCGGAAACGGAAGAAAUUGGAUGGUCACCGCAAAAGGUUUCAAAUAUACAUUGCAUGUUGCAAGUAGUACGUGCGUUAGUUACACCAAGUAACCAACAACAAGUUGUGUCCUCCUGUCAGAAGGUGAUGCGAAAAUCAAACCUGCUGGAUGCAUUAUGCAGCAUUCUGAUGGGUAGUGGAGUACCAGCUGAUAUACUCACGGAGACGAUAAACGCUGUUGCUGAAAUUGUUCGCGGUGAGAAAGAAAAUCAAGACCAAUUGAGUAUUGUUGUGGCGCCUAGCAAUCCACCUCGGCCGGCUAUAGUUGUAUUGUUGAUGUCUAUGAUCAACGAAAAACAGAUGCUAGCGUUAAGAUGUGCCGUUUUGUAUUGUUUUCAAUGCUAUUUGUUUCGAAACAUAGACGGACAUCAAACCGUAGUGCAAACGCUAUUGCCAUCUUCUGAAUCUGAAGUUAGUAGUCAUUCAACAGGGCAACUACUAUGUGUUGGGCUAUUUUCAACAGAUCCGUUAGCCAAUUGGUUUUCUGCCGUGGCUCUUAUGCAUGCGCUAGUUGAUAGCGUUGCACAGAAAGAAGAGCUUUUACGCGUUCUUUUGGCCACUCCUGGUGGAGGCAAACCUAUAACACUAAUCGAACAGUGCACAAAUUUACUUCAACAAGAUAGUUAUAAGCUGCAAAGUAAAGUUGGACUUUUAAUGUUGUUGGGCAUGUGGCUGGCACAUUGCCCAAGUGCCGUCAAAAUGUUUCUUGGUACAAACGGAACAAUGGCAUAUUUGACUGCGCAAAUUAGCGCAAAUGAACACGAUGAAAAUGAGUAUCUAAUACAAGGAUUAUGCGCCUUUCUUAUGGGACUUUGUAUUCAAUUUAACAAUAAUACUCUUGCCAACCAAAAACGAGAUGCUAUUUGCCAAUUGGUUAUUAAGCGUAUCGGUCAAGAGACAUUUUGUAACAAGUUAAGUGAAGUAUCACGACAUGAAGCCUAUAGCCGUGCUUGCAAACAGCCUCAAAUUCGAGCAAAAUCGUCCGCUGAUCUAUUGCUAGACUUCGAAUAUUGUAAGUUAUACAAGGGUUUGGAAGCGUUAAUAGGAAAGGUAGUUAGUGGUUUCGACGUCGAUGGUAUCGAAUUGACUGAGCUAACACUUAGCUCUGAAGCCUCGGCCCUAGUAGCAAAAUACAAAAGUAUAAUUCGAGAUCUUGAUGGACAAAUAAAUUCUCUACAGCAAAAUGCAAAACGAAUUGAAAUUAAAAAUGCCGAAAUAGAACAAAAGCUAAUACAAGUGGAAAACCUUAAUACACAAUUAUACGACCAAAAUACAUUGCUUAAAGCUCAAUUGGGAGCUGUCCAAAAUGACCCGUCCUCUACCGGCGAAGCUGCAACAGUUAGCGCACUUAAUUCUGCACAGAUCCAAACCAAUUUAUAUUGUUCAGAAAACAUUCGUUUAACUCGGGAACUUGAAACUCUGCGUAAGCAAUUGGAACAUGAAACAAAUCGAGCUAACAAUGCUAGUGAUGAUUUGCAAAAACUUCAAAAGGAUCAAGACGACCUUCUUGAACUUCUAACCGAUCAAGAAAUUAAAAUUAACCGGUAUGAACAGCAGCUACGCUUUGCUGGUUUGCCCAUUGAGAAUGAUGAAGACACUGAAAAUAAAUCGGGUUUUAUAAAUGAUGGAGGCACCGCAGACGCCAAUCUUAGUCAAUGCAAUAAAAAAUGUUAGAGAUGAAAUUCCUUAAAAAAUUAUCAUAGAUUUAGGCACACAAUUACAAUAUAGAUAAUGGAAUUUUACCGAGAAUUUUAUCCAUACACUAUUAAAAAUAAUUCCAACAAAAUAUGUAAAUAUUUAGUAUUUAAGCAUCAUUAAUAAAUAGAAACAACAAUCACAGAUUUAGAUGGACAAAACCAGAAAGAAUUGAAGAUGAAGAACCAUAGUUAACUGAUAUAAGUUAAAUAAAAACUAAGCAAUUGUUUUUUUUUACAAUUUCAGUCCUUUUACUCGAUUUGUUCAAAUAAAUUUAAGUCAAACGUCUGAAGUUUUUAGGUACCAGGAAUCCACUUAAAACUGCAGAAACAAUAGAAAAAAGAAAUACAUUUUCUUUCAUCGCAAACUACAAAAAUACAGUUGCCAAUAUACAUCCCCAGUAAAAAAUGUGUUUAUUAUUUAUUCUGAACUUUUACUUGGGACAGAGAGAUUUAAAUACAUUUCAAUUUUUACGGUAAAUCACGCUGUUCCUAGUAGCUAACUAUGGGAUAUGUCAUUUUCACCACCCUUUAUGUGUUUAUGUUUUAACCAUAGUCAUUGGUGUAGUUUUCUGUUGAAAAUUUUUGGCACUGGAGCAGUUGGAAACUGUAUAGUUCAUUUUACACAUAUAAUUAUUUACUAUUGAAUAUAUUGUUUGUGAUAACAGUAGUUAAAAUUAUAAAGGAACAUCAACUUAACAAAUGAAAAUACUUAUAAACUAAAAGCUAUUACAAUCGCAUACAGCAAGGGGUUUUACCCUUCUUUAAUCGUUCCCACGACAGUCGGGUCUACGUAACCGGAACGACCCAGAUUUAUAUCUGGCCAAGGACUGUCACUCCAGCAACACUCCCCAAAAAGUCUUUGGGGAAUUUGUAUGCUGCUACAACAACAACAACCCUUCUUUAAUAGCGCGAAAAUGAGGAAAAACAUAUUGCACAUAUAAUUCUUUUACUG